CAGCAAAACCAACAAACACAACAACAACUAGCGCUACAGCAAUAUCAACAGGCACAACAACAAUAUCACCAAAUGCCGCCAACCCUAACUCGAAGAUUGAUGCAGAAUUUCGGAAACCGUCGAUCUUAUGGUCAGCAAAUGGUGUACCAAGAAGAUUUGGACAAAGCCCUUAAGGAGCUAGAAGAGAGGUUGAAAACAGGAAAGAGGCCCGUAUACAUGGAAGACUUACGAAACGCUUUAGAAGAUUUUGAGAAAAGAUAUAGAGAAAGACAAGAAUUUUAUGCUACGAGUACGCCAAGCCCAUGCGCUGAAGAAAGCAUUAUAAAGGAAGCUCUUAAGCCAGCUCUAAAAGAGGACCUUUGGAACUUUCUAAAACCGCAAAGUUCGUCCUGGAGUAAAAAGAGGCGUUCUAGUAAAUUUAAAACAAGACGGUCUAAAAAGUUAGACCUUGCUACUGAAAUGGUACAACAGGCGCUGCGAGAAGAAUUCCUAGAUAACUAUCGCCGAGAGGUCGACGAAGAUUUAUUUUCUUUAAUGGGAAAAGAUAAGGAUAAAAUUGUUGAACCCGCAACCGAAUCGGGAUCUGAGGAUGAGGGGGGAAUACCAAUCAAGAUUGAAAUACCGAAUCGCUACAAAUACAUGAUUUUAAAAACAGACAAAAAAAUAUAAAGUCGUUUUACUUCAUUUUCACCUGACUUUCU